AUAUAGUGGGUGUAACCAACAACAUGAGUGCACGCAAAAUGUGAGAGCGCUUUAAAGAGCCCUUUAAAUGAUUUAUUUUGAUUUUUGUUCUGCUGUUUCACCUACGAAAUUGUGGUUUAGUUCAUCGCUUCCUAAAGGUUGACUUAUGGACUUUAAACCUUAUCCCUCGUCCGUCUGUUCGUCUGAGUGCCAUAUCAGUUCGUCAGCUUCAACACAAAAUACAUACUGAUCGGAUCUUCGUGCUGUCCUUCAGAGAAUAAUCUGAGUGCUCUUCCAACUCACACUGAUAAGUUCGAGGCAUCGAAAUGCAAGCAAUCCAAAAAAGAAUUGAUGAUGCCAAGCAAAAAAUUUUGGACUUCAUCUUUGGAAGUGCCAAAGAUACGGCCAUCAGGCUACUCCUCCUCAUCCUACUUGGAUCCUUCAUCCUCUCAGCGUCCAUCUUCAUCUAUGUGGCCUUUUAUUAUUCAUACAUGCCAGCUGUCACGCACACCAGACCUGUCCACCUCCAGUUCCAGCCAUGCGAACCACACAAUGGAGUGUGCAGCUUUCCUUCAGCUCACGUCGUCCUGACCAAGCGCCAGCAGCUGCUAACCUUUGGUCAGAAAUAUAGGAUUUACCUGACCCUGGACAUGCCAGAGUCUCCCAAAAAUAAAGAUCUUGCAGGCAUGUUCAUGGUGUGCCUAUCCAUGCGUGACAAAGACGCGAACCUAAUGAGCCAUUCAUGCAGAGCAGCAAUGCUUCACUACAAAAGUGAACUCUUACUCACAAUCAAGACGCUCUUGUUCUCGCCUUUCCUGAUAUUUGGUCCAACAGAGGAAAAGCAGGGCGUGGUUGUUGAGCUUUUCUCAGAUUAUGAAGAAGACUCGUUGAAACCAGCCACCGAUGCGUACGUAGAAAUUCAAAGUCGGAACGCAGAAAUUUACGCGUCGCAACUGCAUAUCCAUGCUCAUUUCACUGGUCUUCGAUACCUAAUGUUCCAGUGGCCGAUCAUAUCGGCUACCAUAGGAAUCAGUUCCAACCUCUUCUUCCUUGGCAUCAUAUGCGCACUCUCCUAUUUUCACCUAACCAGGAGCAAGGAGGACUUUGAGGAAAUGACCGACUCUGAUUUGUUCCAAGGAGACCUUGAUGAACUCUAUGAUGAGGAUAAUGAGGAAGAUGCUGAUGAGCGUGCCAAGAAGAAAGCCAAAGAGAUUGAAGAUGAAAAGACAAAUACAAGCGCUUCAGACUUUGAUGACCAGCCCUUGAAAGGAAAAAUUGAGGAAUAAUCCUCAGCACCUGACUGAUGUAUCCACGUGUCGAGGAUGUUUGAAAAUGUGGCUAGUCAACAUUCCAACCAAAUCAAUGCUCAUGUUUAUAUUAUACUUUUAUUAAUAAAUUUCAGAGCUAGCUUUCAACAUGCUGU